AUGACCCAUCUCAAGCUCUGCGAGCCAUCAGUAAAAUCAGAAGGAUUUAACGUGAAAACCAUCUUGUCCUGCCUUCUUGUUCUUGCCAUUAGCGUGACACUAUCCAAUGCCAAUUGCUUCCUUCAGCCAUUGAAGCCAGGGACACCCGAUGGUGAGAUUGUAGGCUGCCAUGACUCGAAUGGAGAGCUGCAUGAAUUUGGUUCCAGCUGGAGGAAUGCAGACUGCUAUGAUUGUUCCUGUUCCAGGAGCGGAAUUGACUGUUGCUCCAGCUUUGCAACACCAGUUGACUACAAUGAAGAGAAGUGUGUAAGCAUUUUCAGCAAGGAGACCUGCACUUAUAAAGUAGUGGAGAAAGAUGAUCACUCAAAAGAGUGCCCAGUCUAUGGGUGGGUGGGCUAA